UUAGUUGUUGACGACGGGCGGAAGAAGGCAGCUGAAGGAGUGGGCUGGAGGGGAAAAUGGCGGCGGCGACUGAGAGGAGUGGAGGCGGCGAGGUCGGGGGCGCCCAGCAGCACCACGCGCAGCUGGGCAUUUGCGCUUCGCGGGCCAAAUAUCGCGAGGGGCGCCGUCCCCGCGCAGUGAAGGUAUAUACUGUCAAUUUAGAAUCUCGAUAUCUCUUAAUACAAGGAGUCCCUGCCUUGGGCGUCAUGAAAGAAUUAGUGGAGCAAUUUGCUUUGUAUGGUGCCAUUGAAGAAUAUAAUCCAUUAGAUGACUAUCCGGCUGAAGAAUUUACAGAAGUUUACCUCAUCAAGUUCAAAAAAAUACAAAGUGCAAGGUUAGCCAAAAGAAAAUUGGACGAACGGUCUUUCUUUGGCAGUUUGCUGCAUGUCUGCUAUGCUCCAGAAUUUGAAAGUGUGCAAGAAACUAGAGAGAAACUACAAGACAGAAGGAAAUAUAUAGCAAAGGCAACUAGCAAAAAAGAGCAAUUGCUGGUGAGGAAACAGGCUUCAACUACAGGUUUUCAAAAGAGCCUUCAACUAGACAUUUCUGGAUCUUAUACUUCUGAGGCAUCUACUAGUAACUGGAAUUCAUAUGCGCAUGUUCAUGAUCCUCAUGAUCGAUCAUGCUAUGAAUGGUCUUUGAGAAGUGUCGCGGCUCCAUCAGGAGAGCAGUGUAACAGUGUGUUAGUACAACCUCCGCAUGUUGCUGACUGUGCCAAAGGACCCAAGUACUUCAGUCAGAGCUCAACAAUCACUCAAAGUCUGCAGCAGGAAAUACACAACACACCAGCCUGCUGCAACCGGCAAAGGAAGCUUCCGUAUGAUAAUGGACUUGACCGGUUCAUGCCUCGAACAACUCAGCUGCAAGAGCGACGGAGGAGGCGAAAUGAAGACAACAAACUUGCCCUUCUUGGAAGUGUCAGUGAUAGCAAAGAAGUCAUUAUUGGCCCACGGUUACCAGAAACACCUAAGAUAGACUUGGAAGACGAUUCACUGAACGCUUCAGCAAACUUAAUUCGAAAUAGACUAAAGGAGGUUGUGACUUCUGUUCAGACUCCAAAGCAAUCUGAGGGGAUACCCAUGAACAGUCAAACAGAGCCAGCUAUAAAGCAAAGGAGACGGAUAUGAAAACAACUUGUCGCAUGUUUUGUGCAUUUAACUUGGGAGAUAUGAAAGUUCUUGCUAUUUUAUAAAACAGUGUAAUACAUCUUGAUCUGAAAAUACCAGUAUAUAUUUAUACAUGUUUUAAAAUAAAUUAUCAGUUUCACUGUCA